UAAAAUAAAAUAAAUAACCUCAAAAAAACAAAACAAAAGCAUCUAUUCUUUCUCUCUUCCUUCUCUUAAAAACAUUCUCUUUUUUAUCAAACACUAUGACAAUAGGAGAACCAGAACCAAACCACCCCACCUCAGAUCAAAUCAUGGAUUGGCUCAAUACAGGUACAAUCUUUCCAGCUUUCAUGGAUGAUUAUUACAAUUCAGGAUGGUGGGAUGAAAGCCAAAACAUAGGCCAAGAUCUAAUUGACACUAAUUCUACUCUCACCUAUCUCACUAACAACACUGCCAAUAUCACCACUUCCACACAAAGUGAUGAUCCAACCAUCACCAAUCAUCCAUCACCAUCUGAUUCAUCCAAGAAAAGAAAAACUGCCUCUGACCCACUUCCCAAACCAUCUUCAAAUCAUCAUCGGAAGAAUCACAGCCGUCGGAUCUCCCUGCAGGCAGAGGGUGGAGAUGCUGCAGCUGCAGUAGAUCAAAAAGUUGUGACAGUCAAGAAAUCAGUUGGAAAUAAGAGAAGUUCUAAUAAGUCUACAGGAAAUAACUGUCAUAACGGUAACAACAACAACAACAACAACAACAAGGAAGGCAGAUGGGCUGAACAGCUCCUUAAUCCUUGCGCCGAAGCCAUCGUGAAGAACGACAUGUCACGAGUUCAACACCUUCUCUAUGUCCUCAAGGAGCUCCGUGAUGCAAAGGGCGAUGCCAAUCACCGCCUCGCUUGGCACGGCCUUGAAGCGCUGACAAAACACAUAUUCUCCUUUUCAUCUUCUGCCACUUCCUCCUCGAGUAGUACAUCAUCAAUAGACCCAAAAGUUCUUACUUUUACUUCGACAGAUUCACGUAUCUUCCAACAAUCGUUGCUCAAAUUCAAUGAGGUAAGUCCUUGGUUCGCCUUUCCUAACAACAUAGCAAACGCUUCUAUCCUCCAAAUCCUAGCUCAAGAGCCUAACCGCUCGCGCAAUCUUCACGUUCUUGAUAUUGGGGUCUCACAUGGUGUUCAGUGGCCAACACUGCUUGAGGCCUUGAGUCGCAGGCCAGGAGGGCCACCUCCAUUAGUCCGUAUCACAAUCAUUGCACAAACUACUGAAAAUGAUCAAAACAAAGAGAUGCCAUUUUCAAUAGGACCUCCAGGUGACAUCAUCUCCACUAGGCUUCUCAAUUUUGCCAAGCUCAUGAAUGUUAACUUGCAGAUCAACCGGCUCGAUGACUAUCCAUUCCAAUGUCUAAAUUCGCAAGUCAUAAACACGGUCUCUGAUGAGACCUUAAUAAUUUGCGCGCAGUUUAGGCUUAAUGGAUUGGAUCACAAUGCCCAAGAUGAAAGAACCGAGUUCUUGAGAGUGCUAAGGAGUAUGGAGCCGAAAGGUGUGAUCCUAAGUGAAAACAACAUGGAAUGCAGCUGCAACAAUUGUGGGGAUUUUGCGAAGGGGUUCCCACGACGAGUGGAGUAUUUGUGGAGGUUUUUGGACUCAACGAGCUCAGCUUUCAAGGGGCGAGAAUGUGACAAGAGGAAAUUGAUGGAAAGCGAGGCGGCUAAGGCAUUGUCCAACAAGGGAGUGAUGAAUGAAGGGAAAGAGAAGUGGUGUGAGAGAAUGAGAGGAGUUGGGUUUGUUGGGGAGGCUUUCGGAGAGGAUGCUAUUGAGGGAGGUAGAGCUUUGUUGAGGAAGUAUGAUAGUAAUUGGGAGAUGAGAGUUGAAGAGAAAGAUGCUUGUGUUGGAUUAUGGUGGAAAGGGCAGCCAGUUUCUUUUUGCUCUUUGUGGAAGUUGGAUACAAAAGACAUUGACAAUUAAAACAGUUACAGCUUUCUAUUUUGCUCUUUUUCUGAUAUUCCAUGUAAACUUUUUAAGAGUAUUAAGCUACAUAUAUAUAUAUAUGCAUGUAAAAAGGCUGAUUAGGCAGUCUUUUCUUCUUGCAAUAUGCUUUAUUUGUUUCGCAGCUACUUAGCUGAAAAAAUGAUCCUUGCAAUAUUCUUGUUCAAAUCUUUUGAGGACACGGAAUAGAUGAAUUCUGAAAGAACUCCUUGACUUUUGUCAUUUUAGAA